ACCCCCCUCUCCACGCGCGCAUGCUCCGUUGCGAUCGUGGGGAGGAGGGAGGAGGCCUGGUUUCGGGGCUAUGUGUUGUUCGACUGUACGGAACCCUCUCUACGAACAGAACUCAUGUGAAUGACCAGAAACUAUGUAUCUUAGUGUGAAGAUCGGUGCAGCUCCUACUCUACUCAUACUCGUGCUCUCAGUGUACCUGACGAGAGGAGAAAACGUUGUCUAGAGUCUAAUUCAGCAAAAAAGUGCAAGUUGACCGUAGAGAUUUUAGGUUGUAUAAUGAUUGUUUUAUACAAUAUUUGUUGGAUGGUAUUUGACUUUCUUGAUGGAAAGUAUAUUAGGAUAAUUAUAUCCUCUUUAUCCGGCACAAUUGUACUUGUAUCUUUAAUCUUGCAAGUAUUCAGCAUUGUUUGCUUGUUUUUGUUUGUGUGUGUGAUGGUAAGACACAGGACAAGGACAAACCAUCUACAAUUGAAACUCUUUUUGCUAGGUGCAAUAGCUGUACUUGGUUCUAUAUGUUCAACCACACUUUUUUUUGGAUCAAUACCUUUGUCUGCGCUCACAUGCAUUCCUGUAGUGACAACAUUGUCCUACCCACGAGAGAUAUGGUGCUGUUGUAAGAGAAGGUCUCCACACUCUAACAACAGAACACGACUGCUUGUAAAUGCUACAGAGGGAAUGGAGACACAUCCAGCCUCGGUAUGGGAUCACAGGAAUGAUCCCAGUGGUACGACUACCACCCACUAUCCCCCUGAAAUGACUGACUGUAGAUCUGACUAUCAACAACUUCCAUGAUCACAUGAUGACACUUACUACUGUGUGUUACGUAGAUCUGACUAUCAUUGACUGCGCAAGUGGUCAUCCUUAAUGAUUGACUGUAUGUCUAAUUAUGAUUAGCUUCCACACUAGUGCCAUAAUAAACAAUCAUAUGCAUAACACUACCAUAAUUGUUGCUAGGAACUCUACUCCAAGAGCUGCGUUAGCUAAUUUUUAUUAUUAUUCUGAACAUGAAUUAACAUAACACCACCACAGAAGGCUUUAUAGUUGUCAUAGCUAUCCAGAGGCCAGCUCAGCUGCCGACCACCAAUCACAUGAAUAUGAAGAUGAUAGACUGACUGAGCACCAUCUCUUCCAUUGUUGAUUACUAAAAGAGAGGGAGAAGAUUAAUGUCUAAAAUUAAUUAUUGCCUAUAUUAAUAGCUACAAGAAGGACUUCGCAGGCGUUCAAUGGAUUCAUGAUUGGGGUGGGUGGAGCUGCGGUGGUGUAUGCUGCAGUAUCUGCUCUCAUGAGACGAUGAUUUAAGGAGCUAUAAUAAUUAUUCAUGUCUGUCAACUUUUUGAUGCUCUGUAUAUAUCUGUCUGU